AUGCCGCAGCUCUUCCCAGCCAAUCCAGCAGCGACUAUGGUGAUCCGCCAUGUGACGCCAGACAUAGUUACAAUGAGCCUGCCAUUCGCGCGAUUCGGCCGCCUGCAAUUCGGCGGACGAGGCACACUGGUCAAGCUCUCCACCGGUUCCCUCGCAGUCUUCUCGCCCGUCAGCCUCACACCCGAAGUCCGCGAGACAGUCGAAUCCCUCGGUGGCAAUGUGAAGUACAUUGCCGCCCCAGACCUCGAGCACCACCUCCACCUCACCCCCUGGAAGAAGGCAUACCCGCAAGCGGAGAUCCUAGCACCAGAAGGCCUCUUCGAGAAGCGCCAGUCGAACCCCGAGUACACGGAUACCGAGUUCCAGCAUAUCUUCAAGAAGGAGGAUAAGCUGCCGCGGUCUAUCUCGAAUGAGUUCGAUGCGGAGUUUGACACCGAGUAUGUGCACGGCCAUGGCUCGCGCGAGCUGGUGUUUUUGCAUAAGCCUUCGCGCACGGUCAUCGAGGCCGAUAUGCUGUUUAACUUGCCUGCCACUGAGCAGUACUCGAAGAUUCCUGAGGGGCCGAAGUUGAAUUUUUUAACCAAGUUGUUGUUGCCGUUGAUGUCUACUGCGCCGCCUGCUACUUGGCAGAGACGGUUUGCUUGGUAUAUUCUUUCUUCGAAGAACCGGCCUGCUUUCAAUGAGUCUGUAAGGCGUAUUGAGAAGUGGGAUUUUGAUCGCUUGAUUCCGUGUCAUGGUGAUACUAUCGAGACUGGUGCCAAGGGUGUGUGGCGCGAUGUCAUGGCAUGGCAUUUGCCCGAUCAGAAGAAUGUCUAA